AUGCAUGCAGAUAUGGGUCCUCACAACAUAAUUGUGUCGAGUGAGAAACCCACGGAGAUCCAAGCAAUUAUUGACUGGGAAUUUUUGGCAAGUGCUCCGUAUGCUUCACUUUACCGGGAAAUGGAGAUGUUCUUCCGCGAGAAUGCUCCCAAUGGAUUUGGUCCAGAGUAUCAACGUGCCGAUGAAUUACGCGAGGCCUUUUGGAGCAAUAUACCCAAAUGGAAGCGAUGGAAUAAGAGCGAGGCUACGCAAACAUUCUUAGAGUGCUUUAGAUUUAGCCUAUUCAUGAAACUGGAAUGGAGACCAGAUGGUUUGCCCGAUGAAGAGAGAGAAGUGUAUUGGGCGGAAAAUAUUCGAGGUGUUGAAGGCUUGUUCGACAAGUAUUCGCCACAGUUGAAUGAGGCAAGCAACGCCUAA